AUGUCGGGCCAGAGCGCGGUGAGCGACCCCCAGCACGCCGCCCGCCUGCUGCGGGCCCUCAGCUCCUUCCGCGAGGAGAGCCGCUUCUGCGACGCGCACCUGGUGCUGGAGGGCGAGGAGAUCCCCGUGCAGAAGAACAUCCUGGCGGCCGCCAGCCCCUACAUCAGCUUUUUUGCGUAUCUUAGAACAAAAUUGAACUAUAAUCCUCCAAAGGAUGAUGGAUCUACAUAUAAGAUUGAACUUGAAGGGAUAUCUGUUGAAAUCAUGAGAGAGAUACUGGAUUACAUCUUCAGUGGGCAGAUCAGGCUAAAUGAAGACACUAUCCAAGAUGUUCUGCAGGCAGCUGAUCUCCUCCUUCUUACAGAUCUUAAAACUCUCUGCUGUGAGUUUUUAGAAGGUUGUAUAGCUGCUGAGAACUGUAUUGGUAUUCGGGACUUUGCACUGCACUAUUGUUUGCGUCACGUUUAUUACCUUGCCUCGGAGUAUCUGGAAACUCACUUCCGAGAUGUCAGCAGCACAGAGGAGUUCCUGGAACUGAGUCCCCAAAAACUGAAAGAAGUGCUAUCCCUGGAAAAGCUGAAUGUUGGAAAUGAAAGAUAUGUAUUUGAAGCAGUAAUUAGAUGGAUCUCCCAUGAUUCAGAAUUAAGAAAGGUUCACCUGAAGGAUGUCAUGUCAGCAGUGUGGGUUUCAGGAUUAGAUUCAACUUAUUUGCGUGAGCAAAUGAUGAGCGAACCACUGGUACGGGAGAUUGUCAAAGAAUGUAACAACAUUCCACUCACUCCACCACAGCAGGGGGAGGCAAUGUUAGCUUCUUUCAAACCCAGAGGUUAUUCCGAGUGUAUAGUGACUGUUGGUGGUGAAGAAAGAGUGUCACGGAAGCCAACAGCUGUGAUGCGAUGCAUGUGCCCACUUUAUGAUCCUAAUAGGCAACUCUGGAUUGAACUUGCCCCUAUGAGCAUUCCAAGAAUCAACCAUGGGGUACUCUCAGCAGAAGGAUUUUUGUUUGUACUUGGAGGUCAAGAUGAAAAUAAGGAAACACUGAGCUCUGGAGAAAAAUAUGAUCCUGAUACCAAUUCAUGGAGUUCCUUGCCACCAAUGAAUGAGGCACGGCAUAAUUUUGGUUUGGUAGAGAUUGAUGGAAUUCUGUAUAUUCUGGGAGGUGAGGAUAGAGAAAGGGAGCUACGCUCUAUGGAGUGCUAUGACAUUUAUAACAAGACCUGGACCAAGCAGCCAGAUCUGACCAUGGUUAGAAAGAUUGGCUGCUAUGCAGCUAUGAAGAAGAAAAUCUAUGCCAUGGGCGGAGGCUCCUAUGGAAAACUGUUUGAAUCUGUUGAGUGUUACGACCCUAGGACUCAGCAAUGGACAGCCAUCUGUCCACUAAAAGAGAGAAGAUUUGGGGCAGUGGCAUGUGGAGUUGCCUCAGAGCUUUACGUGUUUGGUGGAGUCAGAAGUCGUGAUGAUAAUCAGGCCAGUGAGAUGGUGACAUGCAAAUCUGAAUUCUAUCAUGAUGAGUUUAAAAGGUGGAUUUAUCUAAAUGAUCAGAACUUAUGCAUCCCAGCCAGUUCUUCCUUUGUGUAUGGAGCUGUACCUAUUGGGGCCAGUAUUUAUGUCAUUGGAGAUCUUGAUACAGGUACCAAUUAUGACUACGUUAGAGAGUUUAAAAGGAGCACAGGAACUUGGCACCAUACGAAACCAUUAUUUCCAUCAGACCUUCGCCGCACUGGCUGCGCAGCCUUGCGGAUUGCAAACUGCAAGCUUUUCCGACUGCAGCUUCAGCAAGGAUUGUUCCGUAUUCGUGUUCCUUCCCCAUGAUUAGUCCUCUAAAAAUGGAAGAGAUGGGAAGAACCUGACACAGUCCACCAUAACAUAGCUUUAUAUAAGGAAAAACAAAGCUAUUGCAACUGAAACUUACAUUAUAUGCUGUGCUUUGGUAUGGUAUCUGUUUCUGUUUGUUUUUAAAUGCUUAAAAACUUGAGUCUCAGCUCUUGUUUGGGGGAUAAAUAGCUGUAUAUUAAACAAAAAAAUACCAUGACAAAGAGAACACCUUCAGUCCUAACUAUCUAAACAAUUAAACUACACUAAUGAAGGAGUUCCUUGUGUCUGAAGCAGGAAGGAAUGGGUAAUAUAACAAAUUGUAUUGAAACGUAAAAAAAAAAUUAAGGUGCAUUUCUCCUGAGGGGAAUUGAUAAGAGUUAGCAUGCUAUCUUCAACUGGAUAGCUUUAAUACAUAGAUAUGCUGUAUGAAAACCAGUCUCUCUGGUAUACUGCAAGACUGUUCUUCAUCUGAAUCGGCUGGAAGGAGAUGUUGGUUAUUGCACCUUUAUUUCUGGCCCUUCCUCACUAGUCAAGGUCUGUGCCUACAAGGGUGGAGGUGUACAUAUGUUUUCAUUCAUUUCCGAUGUUUUCAUUCCUAAAGAUCUUUUAAAUAUAUUUAAAAUUGAACUAAGAGUUACAAUAUAUUAUAGAUGUGUAAACUGUUUUUCUACACUGUGUCAUUCAAAUGGUCUGAAGAUUCCGUGUAUUGGUGGGCCAGCAUGCAUUCUUUGUGUGGAUUUUGGAAGCUGCAAUUACUGAAAUAAAGGGAAGGACUGAGGCGUGGAAUAUGUCACACUUUUACUGUGGCUGGUAAAGGAAUGCAGCACAUGAGUUGCUUUUCAGAGGGAAAUAGGACUCCUUUUCCCUUCAGCUAACUUAAAAAUCACUGCAAGUUUGCAGUGUUGAGGACGUGUAUUUGUGCAAAAGGGGAGAAGGAAAGGUGGGGCAUUAAAAAGGAUAUAUAUGUAUUGUGAAAACUUGAUUUCAGGUUCCUGUUUUAAAGGAAAUUAUAUAGGCAACUUAUAUUGGGAUCAGAAGCUGGUUUACUAAUGACCUCUGUGCUAAGGUACAGAGUCUUGAUUACUGCUGUUUGGCUUUGAAAGCUUGUUUUAGAAUGCAGUUGUAGUGAAGAAUUUAUUGUCUUAUGUUUUUUUCCUUUUAAGUCUUGUUAACACUGCAAGUAAUAUUUAAUGGAGUUAUGUUAAUAGGAAAGAUCUGCUGGUAGAACACACUUUACCUCAUUACUUAAUUUCAUUUUUGUUACUUGUAAUGGGUGACUUAC